CGCCGAUGUCAGUAGGAUAUGAACUAUGGGGAGCUUUCGAGGAGUUUGCUUUUUCUUUUCUCCUUCCUUUUUCUAUAUCCCCACAUCCGUGGCUUAAUCUAAGGAGCCCUGGAGUAUGUGAGCCAUCUAUGACUGGUCGAUCUAUUCACAUCUAGUCCUACCACCUGCCGAUCUUCCUAGAUUUCUAUGUGUGGCUGUUCGUUGAUGUUCUUUUGCAACCAACAGCAAGCCAAGACCGACAAAGAGAAUAGUAUAAGGGGACAUAUGUAGGUAUGAACAGACGCCUCACAAUCUAUUUUGAGUGCUCGUGAUACAAGCCAACUCCCCUCUACGUAGAGGCUUUACCCCUUUUUACGCCAUAAAUUUCAGCUUCGAGAAACGAGGAAACGAGGAUGGUCACUCGGUUGCUAUGGGCCGUGAUAAUUAGAGGUUCGUUCUCUGAGACAAAUCGACAGUGUACAUGAAUGAGGCUGACAGCUUCCACAGCGGGUCUCACGAUCGCGGAUUCAUGCACAACCUCGACGAUUUCUCUCCAGGCGCAGCCCACAAACGACGCCGGCCAGAUCUCUCUAGAGAUAACAGGCUGCAGCAACAACAUCUCGAGCUUCCCCAACCUGCACACCGUCGCCCGGGUAAAUCUGUACCGGAACUCGUUCUCCGAGCUCAACCUCGCCGCCCUCCACAUCACAGACCAGAUCCACAUCGCCGACAACCCCAACCUCGAGAGGCUAGUCCUGCCCGAUCCGCGUCCCGGCCAGACGAUCUCCCUCCCGCCGACAGGCACGGAUGCGCCGGCGUGGACAGACGUCGAGAUCGUCGAUAACCCGCGGCUGAGCACCGAUGGCAUCGUGUACCAGGGUAGCAGCGCCAACUUCUGGGCGUGGGGCGCCCGCAACCUGUCUAGCUUUGUGCUGUCGGGCGGGAACUUCCACUCGGAUUUCUUCUACCCUUCCGCGGGCCAGCCGGACAUGAGCCAUGUAUACGUGACCACCAGCCUGGUCGUGAACUCGACGGAUCCGACGUACGACUGUGGCUACUUGAACGCGUUGAGGUAUAAUGGGCUGUUCAAGGGGAACUACACGUGCCAGGGCAGAACGGUUGAGCCUAGCAGUCCGGCGUAUAGCCUCUCGAGCUCUCGGAACUCGCUCUUGGGCGUGUUGGCGGCGAUGGUUUGCUUCGUUAAUUUGCUAUGAUGUGAUGGUGCGAGAACGGUAUAUAGUCCCAACUCUUGACUAAAUUUCUAAGAAGAACUGGGAUACCUAUACCACAAUAGGCCGUCAUCCAGAAAGUAUUUGCUGUAGCUUAUUCAGCGUAUUUGCCCGCGGCGGGGAAGCGCUCAGCGAGACAUGCUCCGCCUCAGCAAGGUGUAUCGCGAACAUGCCUUCCUUCCUUCAUGGCAGACACCAUAUCGCGCUGCUCGCUAUCACCGACAUACACCAUAUCCCCCUGCAUCAAUCCCCAAAAUACUUCAACACCCUAGCAAACAGCCCGCCCGUCUUCGCCACGCCAAACCGGUUCGUCGGCGCGAUGAAGUCAACGUACCCGCCAAUGUCGAGCCUCUGCACCGUCCUCUCCUGCGCAUCCUGCGGGCCCUCAGUCAGUCACGACCACGAUUCUUCUUCCCCAUAUCUUUGAGCGUCGACAAUAGGUAAGCUCAAGGCACCGCACUUCGGUUCGAGAGAUUGGCUUAGCGGCGCUUCGCACAGCUCCUGGAUCUCGGCCGUGAAGCCGCUGUCGCUGUCGCUGUCGUGGGGGGGACCUCGAAAUGCGCCAGCACGG